AAUAAAAAAUAAAGAGACGUAGAAAGCAAUCCUCUGCUUGCACGGCAAGCGAAUCUAACUUUUGACAUUUCUGCAAUAGCAUUGAUGUGAAAUGCAGGCCACCUUAAAACCCUCGCAAUCGCGCAACGACUUCUGCGCCCUUUCCCAUUGAUAUUUACCUCUUUUCAAUUUUAUUCAUCAUCAUCUAAACAAAAUGUACCGAGGAGCUUAACUUUUCUUAUACCACAACAAAUUUUCAGUUGAGCUGCAUUAUUUAAAUCUUUUUUCUGGCAAGUUUGUGGCCUUCUUCACGUUCAUAUUUGAUUGACUAAGGAUAUCUUGAGAAUUUUCAAAGGGUUGAUAGGGUUAAUUGUUUCUAGGAUUGAGAGUGAUUCCAUCCUGCAACAUGGAGCCUCGGGUAGGCAACAAAUAUAAGAUGGGCCGCAAAAUUGGCAACGGUUCCUUUGGCGAGAUCUAUCUUGGGACCAAUAUCCACACCGAUGAGGAAGUUGCCAUUAAACUGGAAAAUGUGAAGACCAAACACCCUCAGCUUUUAUACGAAACUAAGGUUUACAAGCUUCUAAUGGGAGGACCUGGAAUUCCAAAUAUAAGAUGGUUCGGUAUUGAAGGAGACUAUAAUGUUCUUGUAAUGGACUUGUUGGGGCCGAGUCUUGAGGAUCUCUUUAACUUUUGCAAUAGGAAGUUUUCUCUUAAAACUGUACUUAUGCUUGCAGAUCAGAUGUUGAAUAGGUUAGAGUUUAUGCAUUCAAGGAGCUUUAUUCACAGAGACAUUAAGCCUGAUAACUUUCUCAUGGGUCUUGGGAAGAAGGCAAGCCAGGUAUACAUGAUUGAUUUUGGGCUAGCAAAGAAGUUUCGGGAUCCAAUCAGUCAUCGUCAUAUUCCUUACAGGGACAACAAAAAUCUAACUGGGACUGCUCGAUAUGCAAGUGUGUUUACUCACCUAGGGGUUGAGCAAACCCGGAGAGAUGAUUUGGAGUCUCUUGGAUAUGUACUUAUGUAUUUUUUGAGAGGAAGCCUUCCCUGGCAGGGUUUGAAAGCAGUUACCAAAAAGCAGAAGUAUGAUAAAAUCAGUGAAAAAAAGAUGACAACCACCUUUGAAGUCCUGUGCAUGUCUUACCCCCCAGAGUUUUUAAAUUACUGUAAUUAUGUACGGAAAUUGCACUUUGAUGAUAAGCCUGACUAUGGAUUCUUGAAAAGCAUGUUUCGUGAUCUUUUCAUUCGUGAAGGAUUUGAAUGUGAUUAUAUUUUUGACUGGACAAUUUUGAAAUAUCAACAAACCCAGAUUGCUAAGCUACCUCCAAGAACUCUUGAUGCAGCUGGAGGAUCAAGUACUGGGCCCACAUUAACAGCUGGUGCUAUUUCGGAGAGGUAUUCAGGUCGUCAAGAUGAAAGGGACAAUCUGUGCAAUAGCUCUCCUGUUGCCCGCAGAAAAUUGCCUUCGGCCAUUUUUAAUUCAAGUAGUCUAUCUAAGCUCAAGUCCCCUGUAGCCCAUGAGAUGGGAACUGCAAAGGAUUCGGUAGGCAUAGGGUUUACAGAAUCACAACGCAUGCGUUUGCCAUCUACUGGUCAGGGAAGCAACAUAUCAAGGCGAGCUACAAUUUCCAGCAGCAAGCAAGUUGUGGGAGGGCCUCAGACUGAUUCGCUCUCACCACCUGUUUCUAAUAUGAUUCCAUUUGGGAUUGUUGGAGCUUGGCGAAAUUCUCCAGUGGAGUGCCCAUGGGUUCCCAAGAUAUAACAUUAAUGCAGGUUGCUUCGUUUAGGCCUAUCUUUCAAGAAUGGACAAGGGUGUGGUGCUUGUCCACUGGGGAGCUUUUGCAUAGAAUUGGCUUCUUCUCUCACAUGUCACGACUAUCCCAAUUUGUUGGCAAACAAGGUGAAAGUGAUUUGUGUCUCAGUGGAGUACAUGUGAAUGUCAGAGCAUCAUCUCAUUGCACCUUACAACAAAUGCUACUCGAGUGGCUUGACAUGGAUUUCCUUCAUCCCUCCAUCCACAGUAAAGCAAAGCUGGCCAGGUGCUUCGUGGUUUUUGACAUUGCAGGAACUAAUGUUGUGCACCACUUGGGCCUUUUCACCUCGUUAAAAAGCUGGAGGUGCUUGUCUAUUAAUGGUGCGAUAUUAGUUAAUCUGUAUCUUGGUAAGGAAGAUAUUAUCUAUGAAAUAGGGGCCUGAAUCACAAACUGUGGUAAAGUUUUGGGGAUCAUCUGUAGUAGUUGCCAUUGCUGAAGGGGUAGAUAAAGACUACCCUUUUUGUAACAGCUGUGUUCUCCUGCUUUCCCUUCGCUUCUUUAUAUGUGGUUGUUGGUUGGGAUUGUGGGCAAGGGCCUUUUGAACUAUAUGGGGAUUCAGUACACUGCAAAGUGUUGAGGAAGGCAUGAAAAGAGGUAUAAUUGAUGAUUGUUGAGGAAGCACACAUGUUUCAUCUGUUUCAUCCCCAUGGGUGGUUGUGUAGGUUCUUGGUCUUGGACCUUGUUAUGUUCAUGUCCAAGGGUUUCCUUUGGUUAUCGAGAGGACAAACUCUGUUAUUCAGAAAAAUGCAAAAUAUAAUUUUAUAUGCUU